AUGCGAGGGAUGUUUUACUCGAAGAAACCAGCAAUCUCUGCUUUUAGAAUCGCUUCGAGUGCUCGUUCUUUCCAUCUGGGCCAUGAAUAUGCACCACCGGCUCGAUUUAUAAGUCAACAUGCUAAAUUUGGACUUGCAUUACUAUCUACAGCAGUUCAGUUGUCGAGUUUCGUAUCUUUAUAUCUCUUUGCCGACAAACUUCGACCGCCGCCGCCUAGAAAACUCAACGACGAGGCCAUAGCUGAAAUGGAACGAAAUGCCCACUUUUAUGAAAACGGCACCAUGUCAAUCAACAAAUUUUAA